AACAUAAUACAUCUUUUCAAACUGUUAUCAGUUCAAACGCUCGAGAAAUAAUCGAAAUAGCUGCUUAUCGACAUUUUGUUUGAAAGUGCAUUCGCAUAUUUCACUGCGGCUAAGAUGUCGUCAAAUCUUCGCAAUUAUACAGUAUCAUUCGUUUUCUUAUUUUUUAGUUUGUGAGUUUAUUAUUGUGACCGUUAGAUUUCUCUAUGUGAAACUGUCGCAAAAAAGACACCAAGAAAAUUUUUUCUCGAAUAAAUUCAACGCACCAAAUAUUCGACAAUGUAUAAGAAAAGUCUUGCACUUUGGUAUUAUACGCUUCUACUCAUCGCUUCAUCUUCGAUGCUUUGGCCAAGUUCCAUGAGCGAUGACAGGGAAAAAAAUUAUUCGACAGUGCAAUAUAAGCUUGGUGCAAACAUCAUGAGAAAUGACGACGAAGAAGAUUUGAUACGAUAUAAUUUGCACGAAAAUUUUACCCAAGAUAACGAUGUCAGGCAGUACGCGUAUCGUAUCAAUUUCUCGAAUAACAACAGCAACAAUGAAGACUUGAUACAAUAUAAAUUUCAAACAUAUGCCGCAAAGAAACAUGAGAAUGAUAAUCAAACAUCGGUGCAGUCUCGCAUAAACUCAACAGAUGCUAGCAGAGAGAAAACGUUCAUGUCACGGGAAAUCAAUGGAAACUUGAAGGGGAUCAAAGGCGAAAAUGGUUCUACAUCAUAUGAUUUCUUUAAAAAUUUCGAUAGAUACAAUAUCGUUCCGGACAAGAUGUGCGACAAUAUUAUCUGCAUUCGGUUAUGUUGCCCUUUCGGUAAUCGUCUGGUUAACGGAAAAUGUAUUGCUCAGCAGGGUAAAUUUAUUUUCCUGCAAAACAUAUAUGGAUAUAUUAAUAAUUCAUUGCAAAACGAAAGUAAACAGAUAGACGAACUAUUUCUUCUGAUCGCUCAUGAUCCGUGUCAAAAGACUGGACAUUAUUUACUUAGUUCCGACCAGAAUACGUUUCUCGUAAAUGGCUCUUUGUAUCUACCUUAUUACAAUACAAUCGUCGAGCCAACAUCUUAUUGCAUCACGGCUAUGGAUUACAACAUAUUUGGUGUGAACGUUUGUUUUGAUAUUAUGAAAGAGAUCAUGAAUAAAAAUAUAAACUAUAAUAAAAAUACAAUUAAUCCAGAACCUAUAAAUGAAAAUUGGAUGUACAUCAAAGAUAAGAAUGGUUCCACGUCGCACGAUUUGAUAAAAAAUUCCACUAGGGAUAAUAAUAAAAACAGUAUUCCAGAUGAGAUGUGCGACAAUAUUACUUGCAUUAGGUUAUGCUGUCCUUUCGGUAAUCGCCUGUUUAAUGGAACAUGCAUUGCCGGACAGGGUAAUUUUAUUUUCCUACCAAGCAUAUAUGGAUAUUUCAAUGAUUUGUUGCAAAACGAAAAUAAAAGCGUAGACAAUCUUUUUCUUCUGGUCGUUCACGAUUCCUGUCAGAAGAUUGGACAGCCAUUCUCCGUUACAUUCUCAAAUAAGAACAUGUUUUUCGUUAAUGGCUCUUUAUAUCUACAUUCGUACGACACAAUUAUUGAAUCAACAUCUUAUUGCCUCGCUAAGGUGGCUCGAUACAGAUUUAAUGUGAAUAUUUGUUUUGAGAUUAAGAAGAAGAUCAUAGAUAAUAUAAGUGUAUCUGUUCAGAUUCAAACAAGUGCAAUCGUAUUUAUAUGCCGCUUUCUAGAGUCUCUACUGUUUUCGUUCAUGUUUAUAGUGUACUCCAUAGUACCAGAGCUUCGUAAUAUACACGGUUUCUUAUUGUGUGGAUACAGCAGUUCGAUAGUCAUCAUGAACACAGUCGAAUUGGUAAAGAUAUUCAUCGAAGAGGAUGUUAUAGGAGACAUCUGUAUCGCAUAUG